CACUGAGUUGCCACCUUCCUCUACAACGAAAAAUUAACUCUCUACGCCAAGAAAUACUUCACACGGUCAGCGGUUUUUGUUUCAUUCUGCACGUCGGACAAUUUACCUACCAAGCAAAUGAACUGAAGAUUCAUCCAAAGAGUUUCCUAAGAAGCCAUAAACUUCAAUUCUCUGGAUAAGUCUCGUCUCUUGACGACACUUCUUUUGCUGAGUAAAGUCAAUCUUUGAUACUUCAGACUCAUUAAUUCACACAUGUUAUUUUUUUCAUAGUCAAUCAUUACUCGUACUAUCUAUAUCAAGAGUCCUAAUUUGAGAACGCGCCUAGCUUCUUAAAUUCUUAAUUUGCAUCAAAAUCUUUUUCGGUCAAAAUGACUGCCUCUUCGAAAAACGCAGGAACCAAAAAAUUUCAAUCGAAAAAGCCGCUCAGCAAGCAGAUUUUGAAGCCUCCAUUAUCUGUUCAGUGGCCUCCAGUUACAAAAGAAAAUGCUGAGCUUAUCAAACUUGAGUUGUCAAACGUUGCUCAAGGACUAAGAGAAACGAAACGACUUCGACCACCGUGGAAACUUUUGAGAAAAAUACCUAAGGCGGAACGUGCAGAAGAGAUUCAAAAAUUUCGAGACAGUCAUCUUGCCGGCCUGAGCUCGAAUGAUCGUGAGGCUUUCAUUCGAGACGAAAAAUCCAAGAAAGAAAAAUUAACACACCUGGUCAUGGGUUACAAUGAAAUAAUGCGACAUCUUAAUCAAGGAUCUCUUGGUGCCCUCUUGGUCAACAAGAAUGCUACUCCAGAAUUGUUACCGAAGAGCUUCUUGCCUGGUUGUUAUUGUCGCUGCAUUCCAGUUGUUGCCAUUGAAAACUUGCAUGAAUUUCUUGGUAAAUGCAUUGCUGUCGGUUUCCGUAAGUCUGUGGCAGAAAAAUCUAGCCCAUUCCAUAAUCUAUACUCUCUUCUGGAGAAGUUUUGUACCGCUGCCUCUACGACUGCAAAUCCUGCUUCGCGCGCUGUUCCGUCGCAUUCGACUCCAGCCGUUGAGCGAUGUAAAGCAAAGUCAGCUCCUCCUGUCGUUGACGUGUCCCGGUUUCAUUUGAUUCGAGGAUCAGUGGAACAAGCGAAUUUUCUAGCCAAACUUUCCAGCGGAGAAUGGUCUGCAGAUUUCCUCUCACUGAGUUCAGCUAAUAUUCCUGACAAAGAUGCUUGCUCGCUCUCAUUUGAAUUCCGUAAGAAAGUUGGAUCCAAGGAGCCAAGCUCGAAGCCUGGCUACUCCGUCAAGAAACAGCAGAGAGAACCUGUUAUCGCCGUUGACCUAACGAAUGAAGCUUCUGAUGCGUUGUUUGAACUCGACUUAGGAGCAGACGAAGGUAGCGCCUCUUCUACAAGCCAUGAAAUGUCCAUGCAAGGCGAUGAUGGAAUUGAAAGUGUAACCUCCGUGGUCGGGAGUGAUGGUGGUAGUGCUACUCCUCAUUCGGAACGUGCCCACCUUGACGAAGGAAAAACUGGAGAUAAACUCACAAAAACUAUAGAAAAACCGUCAAAGAGGAAAGCCAGAGAUAUUGAAGAAAGGCUCACUGGUGCUGCUGCCUAUGUGCCUGCGGCAGUGGUGAGAGUUGUUGGAAAUUCUAAGCGGAAGAAACUUGAAUGAUCGAAUGACGCACGAUGUGCAUGCGAUUUCUUACUAAUUAGUGGAUAAACUGUUAAUCUCUUUACAUGAAUCUUUGGGGCGUUCACGGUAUCGGGAAGAAAGACAGGUUUUAAUCUUAGUUUAAUCUUAGUUAACUCUUCUUUGAUCAGAUUUGCAGUUUUCAAUGCGGUCUGAAUUAUUUGAUCAUCCAAGUGAUUAACUCCCUAUCCUUGCACGCUCGCAUUUUUUGGCUUGUUAACUUUGUACUAAUGAAAAAUAAUUACUUUUGCUCAGAAACUUGAGUAGAAACAUCUGAAAGGGUAGCUUUUAAAUACCUACUCUGUGGAUGAUGCGAAUUGAAUUAUCUUGACAUUUUAGACAAUUAGCUAUGAUGUGAGCAGACUACAUUUGAAUAUACUAUCGUGUC